AGCUUGAGGCGGUCGUGAGGAACAACAUGUUUCGCCUCAUACGUUCAAGCAAUUUUGAUGUGCAGGAAGAUGAUGCUGUCAACAUUUACAAGGGGAAGCUCUACCCAACUGCUGUAGCAGCAAGGGAGGAGGUGCGGUUGUACUGUAGGCAGCAGACGUUUGCUCCCUAUUUCCGCUAUAAUCGGUCGAAUCUCAUUGAGGUGUGGUGCAAGUCCAUGGAGGGCAAGGUAUGGCCUCGUGGGGAGGUGCACAUCGGAGAAGGGAUGUGUCCAUUCCGUGUUGUCAUGCGGAGACCGCGCUAUAGUAACCUGCGGGUCACGGUGGCUGAUUUGGAUCACGCCGAUAGGUGUGUCACCGAAGCUGCAAGGAUUCGGAGGGAUGAGGUCAAAGAGGUUGCGCGUGAGAUGCUAAAGCAUGGCGACGUGAGACCUCAUGCGCUGAUGAGUCAUGUUAGGGCGGUUUUACGUGUGGAGUGCUCGUACACGGUUGCGCGCGAGGUGCUCUUUGAGCUGAGGAAUGCGGAUCCGUUUUGUGGAGACGAUGGAUUUCAAUACAUGGAGGACCUGUUAGGAAAGUUCAAGGAUAAAAACCCCUCAUCUGUCGUGUUUAUGGUCAGGCGGGGAAAUCACUUCUACCGUGCAGGAAUUAUAUUUCCAGGGGCGAGAGAUGCGGUCAUGAACUGCCUGCCCAUCAUUUUUGCGGAUGGAUGUCAUAAUAAGACCGCAUGGGGGGGAUACACCUUGAACAUAUGCAUGUUGGAUAGCCAACACAAACUUGUUAUGUUGGGAUGUGCAUGGGUAGAGGGGGAAAACAAGCAUGCAUGCGCCUUCCUAUUCAAUCUCCUGCUGGAGGCCGUUCCGGAGGUGAACUCCUCCGACUUUGUCAUGAUGCAUGAUAGAGGAGGGGCAUGGAUAUCCGCCACAUCCACUUGUCUCCCCCUUGUACGGGAGUCUUUUUGCAUCACCCAUUUGGUUCGAAACUUCAAAAAGUUCAGGACAGAUCUGGACGGACGAAUUCUUGCAGCUGCCGCGGCUCUGACGGAGCUUGUGUACCUCAAGACAAUGGAAAAAAAUGAGAUGGAAUGUCCCGGUGGAUCCUCGUACCUUGUGGACAAUGGGUUGGGUGUUAAGUGGGCGACAGCUUAUUUUGGAGCACCGCGUUACGGUUGCUUGUCUUCCAAUCCCGUUGAGUCUCACCAUGCGUCGCUUUCAGGAUUGCGGGAUAAGAGUCCGCCGCAGGUGCUGCUAGGCUUGGCAGAUAAGCUAUCGACGAAGAUCGAAGAGAGGCGCCAAUUAUACUCCGAGAUGACAGUUGCUGACUUCCCUCCCAGGACAAAGCCAAUAGUCAUUGGGAAUCGCGAUGAGGGCAAAAGAUACAGGGUGGCUGAAUCGGGGGAACACGAGUACAUAGUACGCCAAGGGGACGAGAGGCGAGUCGUGACCACAAACCCCGAGGAUCCUGCAGACACCCGCUGCUCAUGUGGCUACACCAA